AUGGCGGUUUCCAGGGACCAUUACUACCGGUUGGCGUCUGAUCUUGAAGACGAGCGGAUUUCUGCUGCAUCUGAUCUGAUCACAGAACUUCGAGAAGCCGAUUCGGCAAAAGAGUGGGAUUACGCUUUGGACAGACUGAUCAAAGGUCUUUCUUCUUCAAGAGCCAGUGCUAGACUUGGAUUUUCGCUUUGUUUGAGCGAGGUUCUAUUUGAGCUGAUUGAAAAACAGGCAAAGUACACCGUUGACAAGUUUGUUACCGAUUUAUCCCAAAAACUUGCCAGUUCUGUCAGUAACAGGAACACUGGUAAAAACGCCAGAAGCGUGCUAUUCGGCGAGCUUUUCGGCUUGCAAUCGAUCCUGAACUCGGGAGUCAUCGCAGAGGAUCUUAGUUCUGGAAAGUCUCAAAGUUACGGCAAGGUCACCGAUAAAUUAGUGGAUUUAUCUCUAUUCAAGCCAUGGAUUAGAGAAGCAUGUUUUGCAACGAUCUUCAAAUCACUUUUGACGUUCCAGAUCUCGUCAAGUUCCAAACUCACAGAUACCCUUGUGCACCUUCUUCAAAAGAUCGACUCCAGUGGUCUCACUUUGACCACCGAAGGACUUUUAAUUGCAUUGAGCAUUCCCGUUGAAAAACGUCAAACAGUCUUCAGUCUCGCUGAAAUCGACAAAUGGCAGAACGGAAACCCUCUCUCGAAAGGUAAUUUACCGACAUUGGCUAAAAUCAUGAAAGACGUGGAUGUUAUCUCUGACGAAGAGGAAGAGACCAAGAAAAAGGGAGGAUGGUCCAGAAGCGUGCAUUUUGUUUGGACUCCGUUGUUGAACGAACUGAUUCAAAACUCCGAUAGAACCACUCCGGAGUUGAAGGAGCGCAAGUCCAAGAAACAGAAAACAGAAACAAAAUACAUCAAGCUUUCUGAGUUCUGGAAAACGUGUAUUGACGAGCAGUUCUUCUCCCAGUCCUCAUCCCCUGAACGCAAAUAUAAUGGUCUGGAAAUUUUCAACAUGAUUUUGGACAACAGUGCACUUUCUGGAUCACAAAUGGAGUACAUUUUGUCGCCAAACCUCAUGCGCACUUUGAUCAACCAGAGCUCCAACCCUGAUAGAUUAUUGAACAAACUGGCCCGGAAGACACUGUCUCAUUUGUCAGCUACCUCGAUCUCUCAUCAGGAUAGACUUUUGCCAACUUUAAAGACGAUUCUGGGUGUGUCGUUGCACUUUGACCGUCUUACAAAAUCGAAAAUCACCAAUGAUCUGAUAACGUCUGCUCAAACAGACGAGACUUUGGUCCAAAUCGUGGACUUUUUGAUUUCUUUGGAAUAUUCCGUUGAAGAAGACAUCAUCAAGUACCAGCUUUUUGCGCUUGACUCGUUGUUGACUCUUGUGAGGGCUAAGAAGUCUGCUAUUAAGGAUAAGGAUAUUUAUGAACGCAUUUUGGAUUACCUGAUCAAACAUGCCUAUGUCAAAUUAGAGGACGGUACCAGAUAUACCGACAGAAUGGCCCAGUCUUCGCUGGAGAGACUGUACUCUAUAUUAUUGGAAAUCAUGUCUGGUGGAUUGGAGCAAGGCAAACUCACAUGGCCAUACUACGCAGUGACCAAAUUGAUCGAGAAAGACACUGAUUUCACCGAGUCUGAGUUUGUUCUCCGUCAAGAGUUCGAGGACGACCUCAAAGACUUGAAAGUCGACUGUGUGCGGAUUCUGCAGUCGAUCGGCGAAUUGAAGGAGUCUGACGACUCAAAGCUGCUUGAAUCUUUUGAGCUGCUGCUCUCUGUUGGAUUGCUGCAACUCUACUCUGGAGACGAGGAGUCUGGAUCGAUUUUGACCGAUUUGAAGUCGGCCUUUGAUAGCUACACCGAUUCCAGUGCACAAGACAUGUUGGUGGACACGCUUGUUGAUUUGGUUCUAUCUUAUUUAACACUGAAAUUGUCAUUGAUGAAGAAAGUGGCAGCCAGUGUUUGGCAGAACCUCGUUCCGUUGGUUGGAAAGCCGCAACUCGACCGUUUGUUUGAGGUUGUCUUGACCAAGGAGAACAAGGAGGGACGUGAAAAGCUGUUCAACGAGGCAGUUGACGAGGAAGACGACUCUGAGGAAGUGCAAGGGUCAGACUCUGAUUCUGUUGAUGUCAGCAUGGACGACUCUGAGGAUCCACUAGAGCUUGAGGACGUGGACCGCAAGACCAGCAGCGAGCUUGCUCAGGCACUUGGUGUUGAAAACAACGAGGAUUUGUCCGAAGAGGCGUCGGACUCGUCUGAGGAGUCUGAGUCCGACGUGGAAAGUAUGUCUGAUGAGCAAAUGAUGGCCAUUGACUCGACACUGUCCCGGAUCUUCAAACAAAGACAGGACGCCUUAAACAAUAUGGAAAGUAAGUCUGGUAACCAGCGGAAACAGGAGGUCCAGGAUGCACGUGAGUUGAUGGUCUUUUUCAAAAACAGAGUGUUGGACCUGCUGGAGCUGUUCGUCAACAAACGCUCUACCGACAAACUCAAAAUGGACGUUGCUGUUGUUCUUCUGGAUGUUAUGGGACUCACUUUGGAGAAACAGCUCGGCGAAAAAGCUCAUAAGCUCAUUAAACUAAUUACAAAGAGUCCUAUCCAAGUGUCUAUACAGAAUAAGUCCGAGCUGUUUGAGAAUCUGAAGGAUAUCCAAACUAGAGCUGCCACCAAGUCUAAGUUCCGCGCUCACUCGUUAGCCUGCAACCAGGUUUCGCUCUAUAUUGUCCGCAGUCUGGUGAAUUUCGACAAAAGUCUGAUCCCAGACCUGCUGGACGUGUAUUUGGAAAGCAUCAAGAACUGGGCAACAGAUCCCGCAGACAAAACCACAACCGGCAUGUACAUCGAUUUGAUCAACUGGCUCAACGAUAGAAGAGGUGUUUAG